AUGGACAAAAAUGGAAAAAAAUUGAUCAAAAGUUGCAAAGACUUCACCUCGCCAGAGACAGAAAGUCUUUCCCUGCUGCGCCUGCGGAAGAAGGGCGCGUCUGAGGAGCAGCUGCAGCAGCGGGCGCUGCUGCUGGAGGAGACAAAGGAGACAGGAGACUACUUGGGCUUUCUGCGGGGCCUCGGGGACUUCUCCAAAAUUCCCCGCCACUUGAAGUACAAACAAAAAGACUUCAAAGACUUUCUGCAGGAGACAGCGGAGUACCUCCAGGACUUCUUCUUCAGACUCAACCCGCUUGCCGACCAAAACAAGGUUUUGGAAAGUUUCGAAAAAGACUUCGACAGUCUCUUCUCGCGGAGACAGUUUGUGGGGUGGCAAGAGCCCACCCGCAGCAGCAGUCUCUACUGUCCCGUCUCCGACAAGUUGUUUGCAACUCCCAGCACUUUUCAGCAUUACCAACAGGGAAGUGGAUAUAAGAAGAAGCUGCUGCAGGCAGCAGAGCGAUCUGCUGCAGCAGCAGAAGCAGCAGCAAAAGCUUCGGAGGAAGAAGACCGCCAAAUCGCCUUUUUGGAAUUUCGAAUCAAAACCCUAGCCGACAUGUUGCGCGAACAAAUCAACCAAACGAUUGCUUACCAUCAAAAGAAACAAUCCACCAACGCAGAGGAAGCUCUCGAGGAAGACGAGCAAGACUCCACUGACGAAGAAGAAGCGGCGGCGCCAGAGGAGGAGAGCGAGGCGGAGGAAGAUGAAGGGCCAGUUUACAAUCCUUUGAAUCUUCCUCUUGGGUUUGACGGCCGCCCCAUCCCCUACUGGCUCUACAAACUCCACGGACUCGGUCAAGAGUUCAAAUGCGAAAUUUGCGGAAACUUCAGCUACUGGGGCCGCAGGGCCUUCGAGAGACACUUCGCCGAAUGGAGACACUCCUUCGGCAUGCGCUGUCUCAAGAUUCCAAACACCACUCAUUUCAAGGAAAUAACGAAGAUAGAGGACGCGAUUCUGCUUUAUGAAAAGCUGAAGCAGCAGGCCGAGGGACACGCCUUCAAACAAGACCAGGAGUUGGAGUGCGAAGACGCGGACGGAAAUGUAAUGAGCCUCAGGGCCUUCGAAGACCUGAGGAGACAGGGACUUCUUUAA